CGCAUACAAUUGACAAUUGACAUUUGACAGGUCUGCGGGCAAGUAAAACAACUCUGAUAAAACGUUACAUCAUCCUAACCCUAUUCAAUAUGCGUUUACCCGAGAAGUUACUCAAUGGGAUUGAAGAUAUUUCGGUAUCUAAUCGCACAAUAUCGGAGCCGUUGUCAUGUCGAAAUUGAGUUGCAUAUCACUCCGUCAAAAUACUUCGGGUUACUUUAGGUGCCUAGAUAUACUAGUGACUAUGCGUAUGGGGUGUUAUUAAUAGCUACCUAGGGAUAUAAUUAAGACCUUGCUAACGUAUCCAGUCUAUGUACCUAAGUUAAAACGCCCGUCUCCUAAAUAAGACAGUGCUAUAUCUGAUCUGCUAAACUACCUCCUAAACAAGUAAUCAUGGAUUGGUUCCGCCUCCCGCGCCUCGGCCGUGAUACUAUCUGGAUAUACUCGUCAGCCGUAAUCGUCGCAGUAGCAGGGCUCAUCAAGAUCCGUCAGGGCGUGGUAGACUACGCUUAUACGGAAACGUACUGUUAUCAAUCCGUGCGCACGAAUUCAGUUGUAGAGCCGUACGCUAAUUGCUUCUCGGUAUCACCGACUGGGAAGUUUUCGAAGGUCUAUAAGACCGGAGCCGGUACGGGGCUUGCUCAAAAUGCAAGUUCGGGCUUUGCUAUGCCGGGACUGUGGGACGGGCAUGGGCACCUUCUACAGUAUGGCGAGUUCUUAAACUCGGUAGAUCUUUUCGGAUCUACUUCUAUGGAUGACGUUCGGUCUCGUGUACGGAAGUAUCUUAGCCAAACCCCCGGGGCUGGGUCGAAGGAGGAGUGGCUAAGAGGCGUUGGAUGGGAUCAGAUGGCUCUUGGGCAGAUGCCGACUGCUAGUGAUCUAGCGGCGGAUGAAGAACUAAAGGACCUAUACAUCAUGCUGGAUAGAGUAGAUGUACAUUGCAUUUGGGUUUCUCAGGCGGUGCUGGACUUACUCCCGGAGUCUAUCCCUGAUCUUCCUGGCGGUGAAAUCAUUAGAGAUCCUGGGAUGGGCGUGUUCUGUGAUAAUGCGAUGGACAUGGUCAUGGCAUUAUGGCCGAAGCCGGACAAUAAGAAGAAACAGCAAUUCGUAAAGAGCGCCAUGGUAAAAUUAAAUGAAGUAGGGCUCGUGGGUAUACAUGACGCUGGUGUCACGCCCGGCAACCUAAACCUCUUUAAAGAGUUAGCAGACGGUGCUGACUGGACGGUACGAGUAUACGCCAUGAUAGAGUGUUACGAACGGAAUACGUUCUGCCCAAACGAAGUGGAACGGUACACAAGUCCAGAUGGGUUUCUAAGUAUACAGAGUGUGAAGCUUUUUGCUGAUGGUGCUCUAGGAAGCUGGGGUAGUGCUCUAAUCGAACCCUAUACCGAUCGUCCAGACACAUCAGGCUCUCUUCUUGUUAAUGCUUCGGAAUUAGUAUACGACACGAUUGCAUGGGCCAAUGAAGGCUUUCAGGUUAACAUACAUGCAAUUGGCGAUCUGGCGAACCGAUACGCGAUCGACGCCAUGGUUGCCUCCCUCAGAUUACUAUGUCCCAAUGAGCCUCUCUCACGCUGCCAGUCCUACCAUCGCUUCCGCAUCGAGCAUUCUCAAAUCAUCCACCCGGACGACCAGGCUAGAAUACACGCAAUCGGAAUUAUCCCUUCUAUCCAGCCCACACACGCCACAAGCGAUAUGGCAUAUGCGGAGAAGAGACUAGGCAAGGAACGCACCGCGAAGGAAGCAUAUAGGAUGCGCUCGCUUCUAGACGCCAAACUCGUGUUAGGGAGUGACUUCCCCGUCGAGCCACCUAACCCGUUCCAAGGCAUCUACGCAGCUGUCACGAGACGGAGUCCGCAUACUGGCCGAGGCACGGACGACUCGCCUGACGGGUGGUACGCGGAGGAGGCCCUUGAUCUGGAUCAGGCGAUCCGGGGCUUUACUGAGGGACCCGCGUACGGCGGAUUUACGAAGGGCAAGACCGGGGUCAUCAAACCCGGGGCCUAUGCGGAUUGGAUUGUUCUAGACGCGCCACUGGAGAGCCUAGAUAUAGAGGAUCUACGAUACCUAAGGGUACGGGAGACGUGGGUUGGGGGGAGAAGGGUCUACUCGCGUGACUGAUGGAUAAGAUUAGUAGGAUAGAUCUUUUUGUUGUUUUAUAUCAUCUGGAGGGAAGAGGGUUAAUGAGUCUGUAACGUCUGCUAUGAUACCUACUAUAGAUAAUUGAACAAGAUUUCCAUUGAUA